GGCCGGCUGGGCGCGCGCUCUGCACGGCCGCUGCCCGUCGGCUCGGCGUCGCGGCCCCCGGCGGAGCGGGCACGAGGGCGGGGGGUGGGGGCGGCGGGGGGAGGGGUGGGGAGCACCAUGCAGUUUGUAUCCUGGGCCACACUGCUCACGCUCCUGGUGCGGGACCUGGCCGAGAUGGGGAGCCCAGACGCCGCGGCGGCCGUGCGCAAGGACAGGCUGCACCCGAGGCAAGCCAAGUUGUUAGAGACCCUGAGCGAGUACGAAAUCGCGUCCCCCAUCCGAGUGAACGCCCUCGGCGAGCCCUUUCCCACGAACGUGCACUUCAAAAGAAGGCGACGGAGCAUUAACUCUGCCUCUGACCCCUGGCCUGCCUUCGCCUCCUCCUCUUCCUCCUCUACCUCCUCCCAGGCGCAUUACCGCCUCUCCGCCUUCGGCCAGCAGUUUCUAUUUAAUCUCACCGCCAAUGCCGGAUUUAUCGCUCCACUGUUCACUGUCACCCUCCUCGGGGAGCCCGCGGUGAACCAGACCAAGUUUUAUUCCGAAGAAGAAGCGGAACUCAAGCACUGUUUCUACAAAGGCCAUGUCAACACCAAGUCUGAGCACACGGCCGUCAUUAGCCUCUGCUCGGGAAUGCUGGGCACAUUCCGGUCCUAUGAUGGGGAUUAUUUUAUUGAACCACUGUUGUCUGUGGAUGAAGAAGAGGUGGAAGAGGAACAAAACAAACCCCAUAUUAUUUAUAGGCACAGAACCCCCCAGAGGGCACACAGCAGCACCGGAAGGCGGAUGUGUGACAUUUCAGAAGAAAAUAAUAGUCUCCAUAGAGACAGGAGAAAAGCCAGGACAAGAAGAUGGGGAGAAAGGAAUCACUUGGCUGAUGAUGUGGCCAUAUUAAAUAACAGCCUCGCAUCAAAGGCGUUCUCAGCCUAUGGUAACAGGACGGAUGGCAUGAGGGAAAUGAGGACCCACCGAAGAACCAAACGAUUUUUAUCCUACCCACGGUUUGUAGAAGUGAUGGUGGUGGCGGACAACAAAAUGGUUUCAUACCACGGAGCAAACCUUCAGCACUAUAUUUUAACCUUAAUGUCCAUUGUAGCCUCUAUCUAUAAAGACCCAAGUAUUGGAAAUUUAAUUAAUAUUGUUAUUGUGAACUUAGUUGUGAUUCAUAAUGAACAGGAGGGACCUUCUAUAUCUUAUAAUGCCCAGACAACAUUAAAAAACUUUUGCCAGUGGCAGCAUUUGAAGAACUCCUCAGGUGGGAUCCAGCACGAUACGGCUGUACUUGUGACAAGACAGGACAUCUGCAGAGCCCAUGAUAAAUGUGAUACUCUAGGUCUUGCUGAACUUGGAACCAUUUGUGACCCCUACCGAAGCUGUUCCAUUAGUGAAGACAGUGGGCUGAGUACAGCAUUUACAAUCGCCCAUGAGCUUGGCCACGUGUUUAACAUGCCUCAUGAUGACAACAAUAAAUGUAAGGAAGAAGGUGUUAAGAGCCCCCAGCAUGUCAUGGCGCCAACACUGAACUUCAACACCAACCCCUGGAUGUGGUCCAAGUGCAGUCGGAAAUAUAUCACCGAGUUUUUAGAUACUGGGUAUGGCGAGUGUUUGCUUAACGAACCUGAAUCCAGACCCUACCCUUUGCCUCCCCAACUGCCAGGCCUCCUUUACAACGUGAAUAAACAAUGUGAAUUGAUUUUUGGACCAGGCUCUCAGGUGUGCCCCUACAUGAUGCAGUGUAGACGGCUGUGGUGUAAUAAUGUGGAUGGAGCAAACAAAGGCUGCCGGACUCAACACACACCCUGGGCUGAUGGAACCGAGUGUGAGCCUGGAAAGCACUGCAAGUUUGGAUCUUGUGUUCCCAAAGAAAUGGAUGUCCCUGCGACGGAUGGAUCCUGGGGAGGUUGGAGUCCCUUUGGUUCCUGCUCCAGAACAUGCGGAGGUGGAAUCAAGACAGCUAUCAGAGAGUGCAACAGGCCUGAGCCAAAAAAUGGUGGCAAGUACUGUGUGGGGCGGAGAAUGAAGUUUAAGUCCUGCAACACGGAGCCCUGUCUGAAGCAGAAGAGUGAUUUCCGAGAUGAACAGUGUGCUCACUUCGAUGGCAAGCAUUUUAACAUCAAUGGUCUGCUCCCGAACGUGCGCUGGGUCCCUAAGUACAGCGGAAUUUUGAUGAAGGAUCGGUGCAAGUUGUUCUGCAGAGUGGCAGGGAACACAGCCUACUAUCAGCUCCGAGACAGAGUGGUUGAUGGGACUCCCUGUGGGCAGGACACAAACGAUAUCUGUGUGCAAGGCCUUUGCCGGCAAGCUGGAUGUGAUCAUGUUUUAAACUCAAAAGCCCGGAGAGAUAAAUGCGGGGUUUGUGGUGGCGAUAAUUCUUCAUGCAAAACAGUGGCAGGAAUAUUUAAUUCCGUGCAUUAUGGUUACAACACUGUGGUUCGAAUCCCCGCUGGUGCUACAAGUAUCGAUGUGCGACAGCACAGUUUCUCAGGGAAAUCUGAGGAUGACAACUAUUUAGCUUUAUCAAGCAGUAAAGGGGAAUUCUUACUAAAUGGUGAUUUUGUGGUCACGAUGUCCAAAAGGGAAAUUCGUGUUGGGAAUGCUGUGAUUGAAUACAGUGGCUCUGACAAUGUUGUGGAAAGAAUCAACUCCACAGACCGCAUCGAACAAGAACUUCUGCUUCAGGUUUUGUCAGUGGGAAAGUUAUUCAACCCUGAUGUGCGCUAUUCAUUCAAUAUUCCAAUCGAUGACAAGCCUCAACAGUUUUACUGGAACAGUCACGGGCCCUGGCAAGCAUGUAGCAAGCCCUGCCAAGGGGAGCGGAGACGAAGACCUGUUUGCACCAGGGAAUCUGAUCAGCUAACCGUUUCUGAUCAAAGGUGUGAUCUGCUGUCCCAGCCAGAACCCGUCACGGAAGCCUGUGCCACAGACUGUGACUUGAGGUGGCAUGUUGCCAGCAGGAGCGAAUGCAGUGCCCAGUGUGGUUUGGGUUACCGCACUUUAGACAUCUACUGUGUCAAAUACAGCAGGGUAGAUGGGAGGACUGAGAAGGUUGAUGAUAGUUUUUGCAGUAAUCAACCCAAACCAAGCAACCGGGAAAAAUGCUCAGGAGAGUGUAACACAGGUGGCUGGCGCUAUUCUGCUUGGACUGAAUGUUCUAAAAGCUGUGAUGGUGGAAGCCAGAGAAGAAGGGCUAUUUGUAUCAACACUCAGAAUGAUGUCCUGGAUGACAGCAAAUGCAUACAUCAGGAGAAAGUCACUGUGCAGAGGUGCAACGAGUUUCCAUGUCCUCAGUGGAAAUCGGGAGAGUGGUCAGAGUGCUUGGUCACCUGUGGGAAAGGGCAUAAGCACCGCCAGGUCUGGUGUCAGUUUGGCGAAGAUCGAUUGAAUGACCGAAUGUGUCAUGCCGCGGCCAAGCCUGCCUCCAAGCAGAUGUGUCAGCAGCCGGAAUGUGCAUCUUGGCAGGCGGGUUCCUGGGGACAGUGCAGCGUCAGCUGUGGCCAGGGAUACCAGCGCAGGGCGGUGAAGUGCAUCCUGGGGGCUUACAUGUCGGUGGUGGAUGACAAUGACUGCAAUGCAGCGACCAGACCCACUGACACGCAGGACUGUGAAUUACCAUCUUGUCACCCUCUUCCACGGGCCCCAGAAGCUAGGAGAAGCUCACAUGGUGCGCCAAGAACCCAGUGGCGAUUUGGAUCUUGGACUCCUUGCUCAGCCACCUGUGGGAAAGGGACCCGGAUGAGAUAUGUCAGUUGUCGGGAUGAGGAUGGCUCUGUGGCCGAUGAGAACGCAUGUGCCAUGCUGCCUAAACCAGUGGCCACGGAGGAAUGUGCUGUGACACCCUGUGGGCAGUGGAAGGCUUUGGACUGGAGCUCUUGUUCCGUGACCUGUGGGCAAGGUAGGGCAACUCGGCAAGUGGUAUGUGUCAACUACAGUGACCACGUGGUUGAUCAGAGUGAGUGCGACCCGGAUUAUAUCCCCGAGACGGACCAGGACUGUUCCAUGUCACCUUGCCCUCAAUGGACCCCAGAAAGUGGCUUAGCCCAGCACCCAUUCCAAAACGGGGACUAUCGCCCCAGGAGCGCAAGUCCUAGCCGGACCCACGUGCUAGGCGGAAACCAGUGGAGAACGGGCCCCUGGGGAGCAUGUUCCAGUACCUGUGCUGGUGGGUCCCAGCGGCGUGUGGUGGUGUGUCAGGAUGAAAACGGAUACACUGCAAAUGACUGCGUGGAGAGAAUCAAACCAGAUGAGCAACGAGCCUGUGAAUCCGGUCCUUGUCCUCAGUGGGUUUUUGGCAGCUGGGGAGAGUGCACUAAGCUGUGCGGCGGAGGCAUGCGCACAAGACUUGUGGUCUGUCAGCGGUCCAAUGGUGAACGGUUCCCAGAUCUGAGCUGUGACAUUCUUGAGAAACCUCCGGAUCAUGAGCAGUGUAACACACACGCCUGUCGGCAAGACCCUGCCUGGAGUACUGGCCCUUGGAGCUCGUGUUCUGUCUCUUGUGGUCGAGGGCAUAAACAACGAAAUGUUUACUGCCUGGCAAAAGAUGGAAGCCAUUUAGAAAGUGAUUACUGUAAACACCUUGCUAAGCCACAUGGGCACAGAAAGUGCCGAGGAGGACGAUGCCCCAAAUGGAAGGCUGGCGCUUGGAGUCAGUGCUCGGUGUCCUGUGGCCAAGGCAUGCAGCACAGGCGGGUGGACUGUCAGAUCGGACCCCACAAAACAGCCAGAGAGACCGAGUGCAACCCCUACACCAGACCGGAGUCGGAACGCAUCUGCCAAGCCACACUGUGCCCUCUCUACACUUGGAGGACAGAGCAAUGGCAAGAAUGCACCAAGACUUGCGGCGAAGGCACCCGGUACCGCCAGGUGAGGUGUAUGGCUGAGGACCAAGGCGAGGUGCACAUGGCCCACUGUGAUGCCAGCCAGCGGCCCGCGGACCGGGAGAGCUGCAGCUCGCAGCCCUGCGAGUACGUGUGGAUCACAGGAGAGUGGUCAGAGUGCUCAGUGACCUGUGGGAAGGGCUACAAACAAAGGCUGGUCUCCUGCAGCGAGAUCUACACCGGCAAGGAAAAUUAUGAGUACGGCUACCAAAGCACCGUGAACUGCCCGGGCACACAGCCUCCCAGCGUGCACCCCUGCUACCUGAGGGACUGCCCCGUCUCCGCCACCUGGAGGGUUGGCAACUGGGGAAGUUGCUCCGUGUCCUGUGGCGUUGGAGUGAUGCACAGAUCUGUGCAAUGCUUAACCAACGAGGACCAACCUAGCCACUUGUGUCUCGCCGACUUGAAGCCAGAAGAGCAGAAAACCUGCCAUCACGUUUAUAACUGUGAAUUACCCCAGACCUGCAAGGAGGUAAAAAGACUCAACGGUGUCAGUGAGGAUGGCGAGUAUUUCCUGACUGUGAGAGGGAAACUCCUGAAGGUGUUCUGCGCAGGAAUGCAGUCAGAUCACCCCAAGGAAUACGUGACGCUGGUUCAUGGCGACUCUGAGAAUUUCUCUGAGGUUUAUGGGCACAGGUUGCACAACCCAACAGAAUGUCCCUACAAUGGAAGCCGCCGUGAUGACUGCCCGUGUCGGAAGGAUUACACCGCCGCUGGCUUUUCUAGCUUCCAGAAAAUCCGAAUUGACCUGAGCAGCAUGCACAUCAUAACCACUGACUUACAGUUUGCGAGGACCAGUGAGGGACAUCCUGUUCCUUUCGCCACCGCUGGGGACUGCUACAGUGCUGCCAAGUGCCCACAGGGUCGGUUCAGCAUCAACCUUUAUGGAACAGGCCUGUCUCUUACGGAAUCUGCCAGAUGGGUCUCCCAAGGGAAUUACGCCGUCUCUGACAUCAAGAAGUCACUGGACGGAACCCGAGUCCUAGGGAAAUGUGGCGGUUACUGUGGAAAAUGCACCCCAUCCUCUGGUACAGGCCUGGAGGUGCGAAUUCUAUAGCUAAGGUGCUCUGAAGAGGAAGCCAUUCUGGGAUGGAUGAAGGAUAGUAAUGCAAUACCUCCACCUUAAGUUAGAGUGCAUGCGUACGUGUGUGUGUGUGUGUGUGUGUGUGUGUGUGUGCGUGUAUGCCUGUACACUUAUGUAUGUGAGUGUGUGUAUGUGUGUAUAUAGGCAUAUGUAUAUAGACAUGUAUAUAGAUAUAUAUAAAUAUAUAUACAGGUUGAGCAUCCCUGAUUUGAAAAUCUGAAAUGCUCCAACUUCUGAAACUUCCAAUCACCACUACGACUCCUCAUAUGGGAGAAUUUCUCACCAAGACAGUGCUUCGUGCACACCCAUUAUUUAAAGGCCUGUGCGAAAUGACCCCGUACACAAAGCAGUGUGUAGAAGGUGCGUCUGAAACAGAAGUCAUAUUUCAUGUUUUAACCUUUGAGUUUCAUUCCCAAAAGAUCUCAUUAUGUUUAUUCAGCUACUGCCACAUUCGGUGAAAAGUCUAGAAUCAGAAACAGGACCACCCCCAAGUAUCUAUAAAUGAGGGUUACUCAACCUGUGGAAUAUCCUAAUGAUGUAAAGUUUAAUAUUUAUGUCUGAAAUUAUUUAUUGUGAUGUAAUAUUUUUUGUACGUAAAAUGAGUUUAUGGUGACUGCCUUGGCAUCGCGUGGUUCCUGCAGUCCGACCGCAGCGUUUUACGUACCCUACAUUCUAUGUCGUUCCAGAACAGAGGUGACUUUGUAUCACGGUACACUCUUGUUUACUUCUUACCUGUAAAUGUGUUCCUGGGACUUUUAUUUUUUUUUUUAAUUGUGAUGUACUUGUGUCCUUGUUUUUUU